GAAGCAGCGCGCGUGCAGUAGUUAGCACGCUGUCUGUCACGCGUUGCAAAACGGUUCUUCGGUCUACGAUUUCUGUGUGUGACUGUGUUUGUAUUGGCAGUAUUUUUAUUUCUCAUAGUGCAUCGCCGAUAGUCGAAGGGCUACCCAAACGGUGGAUGCGAACGUUUCUAUUUCUCGUUCAUCGCCGGUUAGAAGAGCGGUUGCUGCCCUUGGUGCUCUCUCGUGACUACCACGAGAGUCCCCGUAGGUACCGUAGUUCGGCGAUUCUCGUGCACGUUCGUCGACGAUCGGUCGGGCACCGUUCAGCCACCGUCGUCCGUCGUCGUCAUCCGUCGCCAUUUUGACGGUCCGCCUACCAAUCAACGUCACGGAUCGCGCAGCGCCUGGUAUCCACCGGUGGUGUCACGAAACGUUAGAAAGGUACGGGAGGCGACACCUUUCGCCGACAGCGCGCACCCGGUUCCUCGCCGCACGUGUCCUCGCGGAAAAAGACGUGCGCGACGCGUUGGUUGCUCUUUCUCUCCGAUUUACGAUCCCGUGUACCCUUCCUUCCGGCGCGGCCCGGUGCACGGUCGAUUUGUUACGAGGUGGGCGACGUUUUGAAUUUCGACUGACGGAACGCGGGUGUAUGUAGAAGCAGUGUGGUGGCUCUCGCGUAAAUCGUUUUUUCGGUGGUACUCUGUUCGGUACAGACUCUUCUUCCUCUACCCAAUCUCCCCUCUGUUUGUUCCCCUCUCUCUCUCUCUCUCUCUCUCUCUCUUCCUGUCUCUCUCUCGCGCGCUCUUUGACUUCCAGUCCCCCUUCUCUCUCUACACACCAACAGUUCGCAGGGCGUCGCACGCAGGGCGGUACCGAUGCCCUUUCGACCUCCCGCCGUCAUCCAGAGUACGCAACAGUGCUUCCGUCGCGUGACCGUCUCGCUCUCGUUCCACGUCGAGAUCGCGUCGUCGUUGGUGGCGGCAGCAAUACGUUCGCGUUCCAAGAUCUCCCGUUCGCCAGGCUGGUCGCUUUCCAACCAGACGUGCACACGUGCCAUCUUCGCGUACAACGGAGGAUCCAGCAAAAGCUGAUCGAAACGAUUUCCAUUGGACUCUGACGGUUAUAUUCCAACUUUUGACGCGCGUGCUCUCUCUCUCUCUCUCUCUUUCUCCCCCCUAGAGAGAGAAAGAUAGAAGAGGGAAUCGGUGUGUCGUUCACACGUACCCACGUGCGUCUGUUUUGAACCUGUCCCCGAGUCUUCUCGCCGAUGUUACUCGACACGCUCGACAAAAACGCAGUCUAGUCACGCGUUUGUUAACCAAAGUAAACGAAGUCGAAGAGUUCAAAACUCGAUCGCUACGUCGUUCCGAAGAAGUGAAAGAAGAAAGAAGAAGGAAGCGUGCUUCGAAGCCAAAGAAUACGAAUACUGUUCUCGCGUUAUGAGCAACCGCUGUUGCCCGAUUGGGAAUUGCGACACCGCGAGGAUGAAUAUCGUACGACUAUAAUAUAGAACGUCAUCGAGGAUGUCGUAGGGCUGUGACGUUAUCGCAGUCGUCGCGUGUCAUUCGACCGGUUACGUGUGUGAAGGAAAGAGAGCGAGAAGAGAUUGCAUUUCGAGUGUGUGUGCAUACAAAGUUGGUGACAGACGCAGAAGUAGCAAGUAUCGCAAGAGGUUAGGAUGCCGCAGUGCGCCGUGGCAACGUGCCGUAACAGUCAUCGUCAAACGCGAGGCCGUAGUAUCCGCUACCAUCGAUUCCCCCAGAUACCGGAAGUGCGCUCACGAUGGGUGCGCGCGUGCGGCCGCGUGCCCCUCUCGAACGGCGAGAUACCGUUCAACAUACAAACCGCGCGUAUAUGCUCCCUCCACUUUACCAACGACUCUUACGAGAAAGAUAUGGAGCACCUUGUACUCGGUCUUCCCGUGCGCAGCAGAUUGCGUCGCGGCGCUGUGCCGACAAUCGGCGUGCCGGUGAACGUGCAACCGGUAACCAAGAUGCUGGUCGAGGACGCGAAGCGUUCCCUGCUCAAGGUCACCCACGCCAAGAUGCUAACCAACCAGAAAGUGAUGGGGAAGAACAGCCCGAUGUCGAACGAUAGUAAGCAGCAGCAGCCGGCUACGGAAAGGCGGCAGCAACAGAACCACCACCACCAUCAUCACAACCACAAUCACCAUCAACACCAACAACGUGCCAAGAGUGGCAAUCAAGUGAACCAGGAGCAAAAGAUGGCGGGCAUCGACGUACUGCUUGCCCUCGGUCUCAAACCCGCGCCACGCUUGAACAAGAUGCACGCAAUGGAGGGCGCGGCUGGAAACGGGAAGAAGGUGGACGACUCGACGGAGAAGACGAGGGACGAUGACUCGUCGAGGGCCUCGCCGAAAGUCCCACAGAAUCAGCAGAACGGGGCGGCUCUCCCGGAGGAGACCGCCGCCGCGCCGGCCACCAUUGAGUGUCUCCGAUCAGCGCCGAUAAAGAAGGAGUCUCUCUGCGACUCGGAGCCGGAAGUGACCGGCAAGAAUCUAUCCUCAUCGGAGACGAUGCAGCAGAAGCCUGUGGCGUCGCGUGGCGCGAAAUCGGAAACGGAGGGCGGCGGCAGGAAGCGAAAGUUGACGGACGGGCAGUUGUCGUCGAACGGAAACUCCACGCCGAAGAAGUUCUGCAUAGAGCAGAGGGAACAGUACAUCUCGUCUUUGGUCGGCUGUGAAAAAGUUACCGCGGAGGAACUCGCUGCCAGGGCUGAUCAACUUCGAGCUGAAGUCCAGGCAUUAGACGAGUUAGCACGUGCCAAAGAAAUGGAAUGGAACGAGAUUCUGAGCAUGAGAAAGUUGAAGGAAGAAGCGUACCUGAGGAUUGAGAGACGGAGGCAAGUCAUGGGAUUCAUGGAGGGCAAUGGACAAUUGGCAGACACAUUGCCACCAGCCAGUUUGACGCUGGGUCCCGAAUGGGAAAGCAGCGGCAACACUACCCCCGUGUCCAAAGAGAAACUGAGCUUCAGCUCCAAGGAGGAUCUGCCUGAAGAGAGUUCUCAGGAUUCGCCAGCUUUCAAGAGGGAGAAGAGCGCGAAGCAGACGUCGCAGCGUCAGUCGACACCGCCUAAACAAGAGAGAGGAGAGAACGGUCGGAAACAGACAGAGGCGCUCAGUCCAGAGAACAGGCAAAUCGGUGAAGGUCGACAAGGUGCGAUCGUCGACGUUAGAUCUAUUAUCGCUGAUUACAGACUGAGGCAUCCCGAAACGGUACCGCGCAGGGGUCGAAGAAUGAGAAAUUCGGUGAACGUCGGCCUCGGAGCUGGUGGAGCCAUGGUCGAGACAGGUCACAACGUCGAUUCAAGGCCGUCUAGUACAGACUCUUGUAAAAGCAACUCGAACACGGUCGAUCCGAACAACUCUAUGAGCUUCAAAGAUGUACUUGUGCAGUUUGCCAAAUUGAGCCAACAGCAAGGCGAACCCGUAAAAACGCCUCAAAAUUACCCGGAUGUAACGCUUCACCCUGUCGCGCCAUCCCCAGCACCGCAGAAUACCCCACCUCAGCAGAGCGGUUCAUUGCUUCACGGGAUUCUCACGAAAUCACAAUCUCCGAGACCUACUACAUUUUCACCUACUUUAGCUAGAUUACUCACCGCACCUGAAAGAGAAAGGAAUGCACCCACAGCCGCGUCUAUACCGCAGCAAAGUGCGACAACCCAGCACCUUUUGCAGACAUAUCAAGGCUCCAAUCCAGUUUCUAUCAGUGACCUCCUAUCUUCUUCCAAGGCUCGAACUGAAAUAACGAUAACACCGGUGAUCAACACUCCGGUUCAAUCUCACGUUGAGGAUGUCGAAGAGGAGUCGGCAGUAAUCGAAGAUAGAGAGACUCGUAUUUCUUCAAGCGGUAGGGAUGCCAGAGAGGAUAGAGAAAGUCCUCCACGAUGCCAAGGAUGUCACGACCGUCUAGCACAGUUCGUAUGUGCUGGCUGCGGUCAUCAGUGGUAUUGUAGUCGCGAAUGUCAAGUUGCUGCUUGGGACGAGCAUUCGGAAAUGUGUUCUGGUUAAGAAGGAAGCGAGCAUAUAUUAAUCUAAUCGUAUUAUCAGGUUAAAUACCCUUUUAACUUUGAAUGAAUCUAGUCAAAAAAAAAAAAAAAAAACCGCCAAGAAUAUGCGUUUUGGGUACGAUGAAAGGAAUGGAAAAAAAAACAUUAAGAGAGCAGCGUAUAUUUUUAAGGACUUUCUAAAUAUGUUUACUCUGUAAAGAAUAAGUUUUAUUUCACGAAGAAAAAGGAGAAAUGAGAAUUGCCAAAUUGAUGGCGCUUCUCACGAAAAAAAAAAAAAAAAAUGAGUAUUUACGACGAGAGUAAAAGAACUUGAGACUUUAGGCACUUCGACGAGGGAAGAUUUAGGAUUCGUGUUAAAAACGAUCGUUGCUUCACUGUAAUCACCGCGUUGCUUUUAUUCGCUAUCAGUACCGAACGAUCGUGAGUCUUCACCGAGACGAAAUAGAGGAUAUUAACCCUGCUGAGAAAUUAAGCAUUUAAUAUAUAUCUUCCAAAUGGCAAAUCUCGUGGGAUUUCUAAUGUAAUAGGAAGAAUUGUCCACGUUGGUUAAUAAACAUUCGUAACAUCUUCGUAUGUCAGGUAUAAUUUUUUUUUUUUUUUUUUUCUUAGAUCGUAACCAAUCGCAUGACGUACGUGUACACCGGUCGAAAAUUUUUCAAUUUUUUUCUUUUCAAAACAAGAGGAAAAAAAAGAAAGCAAGUCGGGAAUAUCUGGCACGUACGCUUGUAACGAGGAACAAAGCACAAAACUUGUAUCUCGCGAUGCUGUAUAUAAUUUUAUACACGUGUUAGCAGGGUUACUCAGCGUCAAAUUUUGAAAAAGUUGGUUAACCGUGUGCCAUGCGUAAAAUUCGUUUCGUAGCGAGUUUUGUGUUGAACAAACUCGAGCGUUCUUACAACCGCGUUCUCUUUGUUUCACUUUUACUUUUAUUUCGUUCCCUUUCAUUUUGUAUAAGAAGCUAAUUACGCCUUGUUCGUUACAUCGGAACAAUCGUCGCAUUUGGUAUUUAGAGUGCGAGGCAUAUUCACGAAUAUUUCAGCUCUUCUCAUAUGUCUUAUCGCGUUCAUUUUUCGAGAAGCACCUAAAAAUGCGUAUCAAUUAUCAUAUUUUGUACUACGUUUGUUACCAACGUAUAAAUUUAGAUUUAACGAUGUUAAAUCGACUAUAUUUAAUGAAGUUAGUCUUAGCGUAGGUUUAAGCUAUUUCUUUUCUCUCGCGACUCGUUCGUUGGUAACAUAUUUAACACGUUUUGGGUUUAUUUUUUCUUUGUUCCUUCUCUCUCUCUCUUUUUUUUUAAAUUAGCAUGUUACCUAAACGACAAUUGUCCCAGGUAUAAUCUGUAGUCCAAAGUUCCUACAGGUACACACAACAUUAUAUAUAUUUUUCCCAAUUAUGAAGCAAAACCAAAAUAAAGUUUUUAAUCGUA